AUAUUUGUUAGUUUAAGAGUGAGUUGCACCAACUUACUUUAACGAUAACAAAACUCGAACCAACGGUCAAAUCUCUGGUUAAGUCAAUAAUGGAUUGCACCAUUUUAACAAUGGUUAAAAUGACGUCAUAUUUAACGAUAACCGUAACCAGUCAAUUUUGGCCGGUUAUCGUUAUUGCUAAGUUAACAAAUGUCAAAAUCUUGUCAAAAUAAUAACCUAGUCCGUUGUUUUCUGUUGUUUUAUCAUAUUUAAGUAUAAAAAAAUUAAAAAUGUCUUUAGUACGUGAUAUUUUAUGGGAAUCUAGUUCUUCUGACGACGAAAAUUAUAAUGAUUUACCUAAUUCUCGAAAGAAAAAAGUGUAUCAACCACGUGUUAAUCGAUUCCUAAAAUGGAAUGAGCAGGAGUUCUUGGAUAGAUUUCGGAUUUCCAAAGGUUUAGCACGAGCCCUGGCUUCUCAUUUAGCACCAUUGCUCCAAACCAGAACCAUGAAAAACUUUGCAGUUACUCCAGAGCAGCAAAUAAUAAUGGCAUUGGAAUUUUACGCAUGUGGUUCUUUUCAACGCUGCAUUGGGGAUGCUGCAGGUGUUCACAAAUCUACUGUUUGUCGAAUAAUUCAUCGAGUGAGCAGAGCUAUAGCCGGACUAAGAACAGACUGGAUUGCAAUGCCUAAAAAUAUUGAGGAAAUGGAAACUGAGGCCAAAAAAUUUUAUGAAAUAUGUGCAUUUCCUAAAGUAAUAGGAACUAUAGACUGCACACAUAUACCAAUCAAAUCGCCAGGUGGUGCAGAUGCAGAAACAUAUAGAAAUAGAAAACAGGUAUUUUCUCUUAAUGUGCAAGUAAUCACAAAUGCUGAGAUGUACAUUACAAAUAUAGUUGCUAGAUGGCCUGGAAGCUGUCACGACAGCCAUAUUUUCAACAGCAGUGUCAUUAAGGGACGCCUAGAAGAUGGAGAAUUUGAUGGUUUUUGGUUACUAGGAGACAAAGGUUAUGCCAAUAAACCAUAUUUGCUAACACCUCUACGUAAUCCUGUUACAGAAGCUGAAAAACUGUACAAUGAAAGUCAUAUUCGUACUAGAAAUAUUGUAGAACGCAGUUUUGGUUGUUGGAAAAAAAGGUUUCCUGCAGUGUCAUGGAAACUCAGAACAAAUACAGCAAGAGCCCAAUGUGCUAUAGUGGCAAUGGCUGUCCUAUAUAAUAUUUGCAAGAAAUUGAGAGACCCGAUGCCAACAUGUUACGACUCUGAUAAUGAAUCAUCAGAUUCUGAUGACAAUGACCUGACCUCUGCAUAUGUUAGCCAGCAUGACGAGCAUAAUAGGAAUAUGCUAAUAAAUACUUAUUUUGAUAGAUUACAUUAAGAUAGACUAUGUUUUAAAUGAAUAAAUAAAAAAACUUCAAAAAUAAAAA